AUGCUAUCUACGGGAUUUGGCUUCACUUUAUGGCCUCAGGUAAAGGAAAAUUGUUGUCUCUGUUCUGCACAAGUUGACAUGAUUUGGACCGGAAAAGUUGAUUCACAACUGUUACUGGAUCUUAAUGAAUCUCAAAGAGCAGCGGUAUUGGGUACUAUAUCUGCAGUGCAAUGUAAACACAGGUCUUCUGUGAAACUUGUUUGGGGUCCACCUGGGACAGGGAAAACCAAAACCAUCAGUAUAUUGCUGUAUAGCUUGCUAAGUACGAAUUGUAGAGCACUUGCUUGUGCCCCGGAAAACAUCGCAGUUGCUGAACUAGCACUACGCAUCUUAAACCUUCACAAUGAUGCGUGCAAAUCAAACUUGGAAAAGAACAAGUCAGGUUGUUCGUUAGGGGACUUUCUCUUGUUUGGGAAUGUGAAUGGAUUGGAGUUAUGUGAUGAUCUUGGAAUGAUUUAUGUGGAUCAUCGCGUGGAUAGUCUUGUGGAGUCUUUUUCUCCAUUAACUGGUUGGAAGAAACAUUUCAAUUCCAUGGUGGAUUUCCUUGAAGAUUGUGUAUCACAGUAUCAUUUGCUUUUGGAGAAUGAAAUAAUUACAGAGGUUCAAGUGCCGUAUGAAGCUGGCUUAGGAAGAAGUCUAUUUGAAAGGUUGGGUUUCUUUGGGCAUUCGGAGGACCUUCUCAACAUGCAGGAGGAGGCAGAUGAAGCUGGGAAUGGUACAAAAAAUAUGGUUGAGGUUGCAGUUGUAGUGGCAAUAUUGCAAAACCUCUAUAAAGCAUGGGAAGGCUCAACACGUUGCUUAACGAUUGGUAUUAUAUCUCCGUACGCUGCCCAAAUUGCUGAAAUAGAGAAUAAAGUUGGUCAGAAAUAUGGGAAGCUAAAGGAUUUUAAAGUGAAAGUGAUUUCUGCUGAUGGAUUCGAUGGUGGCGAGGAAGAUGUGAUGAUAAUAUCUACUGUUGGGUCUCAUCACAGUUGUGGAUCAGAUGGAUUCCUGUCGAACCCGCUACGUGCUAAUGUUGCUCUCUCUUUUUUUUUUUGA